AUGUCCUUGGCCUCCGCCUCCGAGUUCAUCGAGCUCUUUGUCGGGGUGGGCGCCUCACGGGUCCGCGACAUCUUCAAGCAGGCCAAGGAGAACUCCCCGUGCAUCGUCUUCAUCGACGAGCUCGACGCCAUCGGCCGACAGCGCGGCGCCGGCAUGGGAGGCGGCAAUGACGAGCGCGAGCAGACCUUGAACCAGAUCCUCACUGAGAUGGAUGGCUUUGAAGGCAACAGCGGCGUCAUUGUAGUUGCUGCCACCAAUCGUGCGGACAUCUUGGACCAGGCCUUGCUGCGGCCGGGUCGUUUCGACCGCCGGGUCACCGUGGGUCUGCCAGAUGUGCAGGGCCGGGAGCAGAUCCUGAAUGUGCAUGUAAAGAACAAGAAGCUGGCAGAAGAGGUGACGCUUCUGGACAUCGCCAAGCGCACGGCUGGCUUCAGCGGAGCAGAUCUCGAGAAUCUCAUGAACGAGUCGGCCAUCCUGGCGGCGAGGCGCAACAAGACUGGCAUCACCAUGCGGGAGAUCAACGACGCAACUGACCGAGUCAUCGCUGGCCUCGAGGGCCGGGCUAUGCCCGACAGCGCCUCCAAGAAGCUGGUGGCCUAUCACGAGGCAGGCCAUGCUCUGGUGGGCACGAUGCUGCCAUACCAUGACCCGGUGAACAAGGUGACGCUGAUCCCCCGUGGCCAGGCCAAAGGCCUCACCUGGUUCACCCCUGGGGAGGACCAGAGCCUCAUUUCAGCGGCCAUGCUGAAGGCGCGCAUAGCGGGCGCUUUGGGGGGCCGCGCAGCGGAGCAGCUGGUCUUCGGCACCGACCAGGUCACCACUGGGGCCAGCGGAGACCUCCAGCAGGUGGAACGCAUGGCCCGGGCCAUGGUCACACAGUUCGGCAUGUCCCAGGUGGGCUCCAUCGCCAUCGACGAGGGGGGCAUGAUGGGCCCGAGCUACUCCGAGGCAUUGAGCAGCGAGAUCGACGGGGCGGUGAAGGCCAUCUCGGAUGAGUGCUACCUGAGGGCCCUAACUCUGCUCGCCGAGCAUCGGGCCGUCUUGGACAAGAUUGCCCACGAGCUUUGCGAGGUGGAGACCAUGUCCGGAGAGAGGCUGAAGCAGAUCUUGGAGGAGCACACCGCAGUCCCGGAGAAGCUGACGGAGUCAGGGCAUUUCCGAGAGCCUGCGCUGGCGCAGUCGUGCUUGACAGGUGCCAGGGGUGCCCGUCGGGCCAAAGAACGCACGGUUGUAGCUGCGCGGCCUGACAUGGAGCAGUGGCAGGGGCUGAGCAAAUUGACCGCCCUUGCCCAAGAGCUGUUGCAGCGGCCCUCGCCUCAACAGCUGCAGCGCCUGGUGCUUGAGCUGCGCAGCUUCGCCGCCGCCGAGCUGCAGAGGGCGCAGUCGGCCACAGCCCCGGCCGCGCGCGCGAAGGCCUUCGCGGAGGUGGCGCAAGGCGCGGAGCAGGCGCUGCGCAGCGGGGUGGAGGGCCAGCUGCGGUGGGCCGCCAGCGCCGCGGCAGCGAUGCUCCUGAGCAACGUGGUGACCCUGCAGCCAGCACAGGCGGCUGAUGUGGUGAACUAUUCCGACUUCCUGGAGUCAGUGAACAGGGGAGAUGUGGAGAUGGUCCGGGUGCAGCAAGAUAUGGUCUCUGCGCAGUACACCACCAAAGACGGCUCUCGUCGUGAAGUAAACCUCAUUCCCAACGCACAGAUCGAGGAUCAGCUCUUCAAUCAGCUAGCUGACAAGAAGGUUGACGUGGUGGUUGGGACCAACCAGGGCUCCCCCUUGGACUUCCUGCGGAGCUUCGCCGGUCCUUUGGCCUGGCUCAUCGCUGGUCUCCUGCUGCUCUUCGGCGGACCCUUGGGCGGCCCUGCAGGCCCCGGCGGCCCAGGUGGGAACCCCUUUGAGUUGGGCAAAGCCAAGGCGCGUAUUGCCAAGGACGGAGAGACGGGCACCAAGUUUGCGGAUGUCGCCGGUUGCGACGGCGCCAAGCAGGAAUUGGUGGAGGUGGUCGACUUCCUGAAGAAUACCUCCAGAUACUCCGAGCUGGGCGCGAAGAUUCCCAAGGGUGCGCUGCUGGUGGGCCCCCCGGGAACUGGCAAGACACUGCUGGCGAAGGCUGUGGCCGGCGAGGCGGGGGUGCCAUUCUUCAGCAUCGCUGCCUCGGAGUUCGUGGAGGUCUUCGCCGGGGUGGGCGCCAGUCGUGUUCGGGACCUCUUCGAGCAAGCCAAGAAGUCUGCUCCCUGCAUCAUUUUCAUCGAUGAGAUCGAUGCCGUUGGGCGCCAGCGCAGCGCCGGCUUUGGCCAGGGCAACGAUGAGAGGGAGCAGACAGUGAACCAACUGCUAAGUGGGAUGGACGGGUUUGAGGCCAACAAGGGCGUGGUGGUCAUCGCUGCCACCAACCGCGCAGACAUCCUGGACCAGGCGCUGGUGCGACCUGGACGUUUCGACCGCCAAAUCCAAGUGGAUCCCCCAGACGUUCAGGGCCGGACGGAGAUCCUCAAGGUUCAUGCCAAGGGCAAGAACCUGGCACCAGGCGUGGAUCUCACGGCUGUGGCUCGGAUGACCCCCGGCAUGUCCGGCGCAGAUUUGGCGAAUUUGCUGAACGAGGGCGCCAUCGUGGCGGCACGCGAGAACAAGACUGAGAUUGACCAGGACGACAUUGCGAACGCACUGGAGAGGAUCGCCAUCGGUUUGGAGAAAAAGGAUGCCGUGAUGAGUGAGAAGAAGAAGCGGUUGGUGGCCUAUCACGAGGCUGGCCAUGCUAUCUUGGGCGCAUUGAUGAACGACUACGACGUCGUCGCCAAGAUCAGCAUCGUGCCCAGGGGACCUGCGGGUGGUGUGACCAUCUUCACCCCCUCGGAAGAUCGCCUGGAUUCUGGGCUCUACACCAAGGAGUUUCUGGAGAACCGGAUGUGCGUGGCGCUGGGCGGGCGAUUGGCGGAGGAGAUCAUCAACGGCAAGGACAAUGUCACCACAGGGGCCUCCAACGACUUCCAGCAGUGCACGCAGGUGGCCAAGCAGAUGGUGAUGUCGCUGGGCAUGUCCCCAGCGAUCGGCCAGCGGCUGUUGGGCGGCCAACAGGGGGGCGGUCCCUUCAUGGGCCGAGACUUCAUGGGUCAGAGCGCGCCCCCCAUGUCGCAGGCCUUGAAGCAGCAGGUGGAUGAUGAGGUGAAGCGCAUAGUGGAUGAGCAGUACAAGCGUGGGAUGAAGCUUCUCACUGACAACAUGUACCUGCUGGAUGAGCUUGCCAAGACCUUGAUGGAGCAGGAGAAGGUUGGUGGUGAAGAGUUGGUCAGGAUGAUCAACAAGGCUGCGAUUGAAGGCAAGUUGGUCAUGGCGCAGCAGAUGGCCACUGCGGCCUACAUUGGUGAAGCCGCCGAAAACACCGGCACCAGCCGCGCCGCGCUGCCAGCGCAAGUCCACCAGGUCCGGGGCCAAAGGAGACCUGGCUUUUGCGGAAGCCGCGCUUUGCCUAUGCUGCGCAGCCGGGCAGCCAGGAGCGCGGUGGCGCGGUACGGCCUUGCCACCGAGGGGGUGGAGGCCGCAAGCGAGUGCACCAGCGAUGAGGUGCUGCGCAAGGUGCAGCAGGUGGCCGACUCGCAGGGUACAGCGCUGCCAGAGCAGGCGAUCCAAGCUGCUGCUGCCUCUUUUCUAGUGGCUUUGGCAUCCACUGCAGCUCCUAUCCCAGCCUCCGCCGAGGUGCCAGCCUCGGCCGAGGCUGCUUUGCCAGACAUAGCCCCAAUCCAGCAGGCGGCCCCAGCACGAGAGAUCGCAGCAUCGCCUGUGGACAGGGUCAGCUACUCGAAUUUGCUGCAGCUGGUGGAUGAGGGUCAGGUGGACCGCGUGGACUUCUACGACAAGGGUCGCACAGGGGUGGUGAGCGUGGCGGGCAGGCAGCAGCAGCUGGUGGCAGAGCUGCCGCCGGGCACCGGACUCAUCAACAAGCUCUUGGCCAAGCAGAUCCAGAUCGAGGUCCACACGCCUGAGAAGCCCAACCCUCUGCUGGGCGCGCUGGGCGAUGCCGCUCUGCCGCUUCUGCUCAUCGGAGGGUUGCUGUAUAUGCGGUCCAGGGGCCCUGGCACCGGCGGCAUCCCGGGCAUGAACCAGAAAGCGCAGAUCAUGAUGACGCCGGAGACCGGUGUAAAGUUCGAGGAUGUGGCAGGCAUCGAGGAGGCCAAGCAGGAGCUGACGGAGAUCGUGGACUUCCUACGGGCGCCCGAGCGCUUCGUGAAGGUGGGCGCCAAGAUCCCUCGAGGCGUCCUGCUGAGUGGCCCUCCGGGCACGGGCAAGACCCUCAUGGCCAAGGCGUUGGCGGGGGAAGCCAAGGUGCCCUUCAUCCAGGCCUCCGCCUCCGAGUUCAUCGAGCUCUUUGUCGGGGUGGGCGCCUCACGGGUCCGCGACAUCUUCAAGCAGGCCAAGGAGAACUCCCCGUGCAUCGUCUUCAUCGACGAGCUCGACGCCAUCGGCCGACAGCGCGGCGCCGGCAUGGGAGGCGGCAAUGACGAGCGCGAGCAGACCUUGAACCAGAUCCUCACUGAGAUGGAUGGCUUUGAAGGCAACAGCGGCGUCAUUGUAGUUGCUGCCACCAAUCGUGCGGACAUCUUGGACCAGGCCUUGCUGCGGCCGGGUCGUUUCGACCGCCGGGUCACCGUGGGUCUGCCAGAUGUGCAGGGCCGGGAGCAGAUCCUGAAUGUGCAUGUAAAGAACAAGAAGCUGGCAGAAGAGGUGACGCUUCUGGACAUCGCCAAGCGCACGGCUGGCUUCAGCGGAGCAGAUCUCGAGAAUCUCAUGAACGAGUCGGCCAUCCUGGCGGCGAGGCGCAACAAGACUGGCAUCACCAUGCGGGAGAUCAACGACGCAACUGACCGAGUCAUCGCUGGCCUCGAGGGCCGGGCUAUGCCCGACAGCGCCUCCAAGAAGCUGGUGGCCUAUCACGAGGCAGGCCAUGCUCUGGUGGGCACGAUGCUGCCAUACCAUGACCCGGUGAACAAGGUGACGCUGAUCCCCCGUGGCCAGGCCAAAGGCCUCACCUGGUUCACCCCUGGGGAGGACCAGAGCCUCAUUUCAGCGGCCAUGCUGAAGGCGCGCAUCGCGGGCGCUUUGGGGGGCCGCGCAGCGGAGCAGCUGGUCUUCGGCACCGACCAGGUCACCACUGGGGCCAGCGGAGACCUCCAGCAGGUGGAACGCAUGGCCCGGGCCAUGGUCACACAGUUCGGCAUGUCCCAGGUGGGCUCCAUCGCCAUCGACGAGGGGGGCAUGAUGGGCCCGAGCUACUCCGAGGCAUUGAGCAGCGAGAUCGACGGGGCGGUGAAGGCCAUCUCGGAUGAGUGCUACCUGAGGGCCCUAACUCUGCUCGCCGAGCAUCGGGCCGUCUUGGACAAGAUUGCCCACGAGCUUUGCGAGGUGGAGACCAUGUCCGGAGAGAGGCUGAAGCAGAUCUUGGAGGAGCACACCGCAGUCCCGGAGAAGCUGACGGAGUCAGGGCAUUUCCGAGAGCCUGCGCUGGCGCAGUCGUGCUUGACAGGUGCCAGGGGUGCCCGUCGGGCCAAAGAACGCACGGUUGUAGCUGCGCGGCCUGACAUGGAGCAGUGGCAGGGGCUGAGCAAAUUGACCGCCCUUGCCCAAGAGCUGUUGCAGCGGCCCUCGCCUCAACAGCUGCAGCGCCUGGUGCUUGAGCUGCGCAGCUUCGCCGCCGCCGAGCUGCAGAGGGCGCAGUCGGCCACAGCCCCGGCCGCGCGCGCGAAGGCCUUCGCGGAGGUGGCGCAAGGCGCGGAGCAGGCGCUGCGCAGCGGGGUGGAGGGCCAGCUGCGGUGGGCCGCCAGCGCCGCGGCAGCGAUGCUCCUGAGCAACGUGGUGACCCUGCAGCCAGCACAGGCGGCUGAUGUGGUGAACUAUUCCGACUUCCUGGAGUCAGUGAACAGGGGAGAUGUGGAGAUGGUCCGGGUGCAGCAAGAUAUGGUCUCUGCGCAGUACACCACCAAAGACGGCUCUCGUCGUGAAGUAAACCUCAUUCCCAACGCACAGAUCGAGGAUCAGCUCUUCAAUCAGCUAGCUGACAAGAAGGUUGACGUGGUGGUUGGGACCAACCAGGGCUCCCCCUUGGACUUCCUGCGGAGCUUCGCCGGUCCUUUGGCCUGGCUCAUCGCUGGUCUCCUGCUGCUCUUCGGCGGACCCUUGGGCGGCCCUGCAGGCCCCGGCGGCCCAGGUAUUGCCAAGGACGGAGAGACGGGCACCAAGUUUGCGGAUGUCGCCGGUUGCGACGGCGCCAAGCAGGAAUUGGUGGAGGUGGUCGACUUCCUGAAGAAUACCUCCAGAUACUCCGAGCUGGGCGCGAAGAUUCCCAAGGGUGCGCUGCUGGUGGGCCCCCCGGGAACUGGCAAGACACUGCUGGCGAAGGCUGUGGCCGGCGAGGCGGGGGUGCCAUUCUUCAGCAUCGCUGCCUCGGAGUUCGUGGAGGUCUUCGCCGGGGUGGGCGCCAGUCGUGUUCGGGACCUCUUCGAGCAAGCCAAGAAGCGGCCCGGCUUUUGGCCGGUGGUGUUUGGAGGGAGGUCUGCUCCCUGCAUCAUUUUCAUCGAUGAGAUCGAUGCCGUUGGGCGCCAGCGCAGCGCCGGCUUUGGCCAGGGCAACGAUGAGAGGGAGCAGACAGUGAACCAACUGAUGGACGGGUUUGAGGCCAACAAGGGCGUGGUGGUCAUCGCUGCCACCAACCGCGCAGACAUCCUGGACCAGGCGCUGGUGCGACCUGGACGUUUCGACCGCCAAAUCCAAGUGGAUCCCCCAGACGUUCAGGGCCGGACGGAGAUCCUCAAGGUUCAUGCCAAGGGCAAGAACCUGGCACCAGGCGUGGAUCUCACGGCUGUGGCUCGGAUGACCCCCGGCAUGUCCGGCGCAGAUUUGGCGAAUUUGCUGAACGAGGGCGCCAUCGUGGCGGCACGCGAGAACAAGACUGAGAUUGACCAGGACGACAUUGCGAACGCACUGGAGAGGAUCGCCAUCGGUUUGGAGAAAAAGGAUGCCGUGAUGAGUGAGAAGAAGAAGCGGUUGGUGGCCUAUCACGAGGCUGGCCAUGCUAUCUUGGGCGCAUUGAUGAACGACUACGACGUCGUCGCCAAGAUCAGCAUCGUGCCCAGGGGACCUGCGGGUGGUGUGACCAUCUUCACCCCCUCGGAAGAUCGCCUGGAUUCUGGGCUCUACACCAAGGAGUUUCUGGAGAACCGGAUGUGCGUGGCGCUGGGCGGGCGAUUGGCGGAGGAGAUCAUCAACGGCAAGGACAAUGUCACCACAGGGGCCUCCAACGACUUCCAGCAGUGCACGCAGGUGGCCAAGCAGAUGGUGAUGUCGCUGGGCAUGUCCCCAGCGAUCGGCCAGCGGCUGUUGGGCGGCCAACAGGGGGGCGGUCCCUUCAUGGGCCGAGACUUCAUGGGUCAGAGCGCGCCCCCCAUGUCGCAGGCCUUGAAGCAGCAGGUGGAUGAUGAGGUGAAGCGCAUAGUGGAUGAGCAGUACAAGCGUGGGAUGAAGCUUCUCACUGACAACAUGUACCUGCUGGAUGAGCUUGCCAAGACCUUGAUGGAGCAGGAGAAGGUUGGUGGUGAAGAGUUGGUCAGGAUGAUCAACAAGGCUGCGAUUGAAGGCAAGUUGGUCAUGGCGCAGCAGAUGGCCACUGCGGCCUACAUUGGUGAAGCCGCCGAAAACACCGGCACCAGCCGCGCCGCGCUGCCAGCGCAAGUCCACCAGGUCCGGGGCCAAAGGAGACCUGGCUUUUGCGGAAGCCGCGCUUUGCCUAUGCUGCGCAGCCGGGCAGCCAGGAGCGCGGUGGCGCGGUACGGCCUUGCCACCGAGGGGGUGGAGGCUACAAGCGAGUGCACCAGCGAUGAGGUGCUGCGCAAGGUGCAGCAGGUGGCCGACUCGCAGGGUACAGCGCUGCCAGAGCAGGCGAUCCAAGCUGCUGCUGCCUCUUUUCUAGUGGCGUUGGCAUCCACUGCAGCUCCUAUCCCAGCCUCCGCCGAGGUGCCAGCCUCGGCCGAGGCUGCUUUGCCAGACAUAGCCCCAAUCCAGCAGGCGGCCCCAGCACGAGAGAUCGCAGCAUCGCCUGUGGACAGGGUCAGCUACUCGAAUUUGCUGCAGCUGGUGGAUGAGGGUCAGGUGGACCGCGUGGACUUCUACGACAAGGGUCGCACAGGGGUGGUGAGCGUGGCGGGCAGGCAGCAGCAGCUGGUGGCAGAGCUGCCGCCGGGCACCGGACUCAUCAACAAGCUCUUGGCCAAGCAGAUCCAGAUCGAGGUCCACACGCCUGAGAAGCCCAACCCUCUGCUGGGCGCGCUGGGCGAUGCCGCUCUGCCGCUUCUGCUCAUCGGAGGGUUGCUGUAUAUGCGGUCCAGGGGCCCUGGCACGGGCGGCAUCCCGGGCAUGAACCAGAAAGCGCAGAUCAUGAUGACGCCGGAGACCGGUGUAAAGUUCGAGGAUGUGGCAGGCAUCGAGGAGGCCAAGCAGGAGCUGACGGAGAUCGUGGACUUCCUACGGGCGCCCGAGCGCUUCGUGAAGGUGGGCGCCAAGAUCCCUCGAGGCGUCCUGCUGAGUGGCCCUCCGGGCACGGGCAAGACCCUCAUGGCCAAGGCGUUGGCGGGGGAAGCCAAGGUGCCCUUCAUCCAGGCCAGACAGUUUUUGGGCCGACUCUGA